CUUACAGCUUGUUCCUCCUCUGAUUCACUACGUUUUCAUUCUCAAACCAGGCCCCGGCAGGGAGUGGGCAUGCAAGAUGGCGGCGCGGUGGGGAACAGGCGAGGAGGCUUUAUUAGCGUGCAAUUUGGAUUUAUUCCCAUUGGAAACACUAGGCGAGCCUGCAGGGCUCAGCUCCGGGGAAAGCCUCCAAAGCUGCGUCGACCCCUCCAUCCUUUCCAUCUUCGAGGACAUGCCGACGUUAGAGGCUAAAGAUCUCGAUGAAGAGAGUGAGGCCACGCUGCUGACAGCUUUGACUGAGAUACUCGACAACGUAGACGAUGAGAACCUGUCACCGUUCGACACGCUGCCUGACUCAGACAUGCUGUCCAAGGGCCGGGAACACUCUCCGCUCAGGAGAAUGCUCUGCCUGUCUCAUUCACCUCAGAAAGACUCGCUCUGUAGCACCAGACCGUUAUCAGGAGGAAAGAGCCUGUCCAGGAUGCAAGGGGGCUGUGUCCAGAGAAGUGAUGGGGAGGAAGAGGAGGACGGCUCCUUCACUCAGAGCCCAGACAGGCUAGAGUCUUCUCCAGACCCUCCAGGUUGGGAAGGUCUGCCGUUGCCGCUCCCUAUCCUCUUGGAGCAGGAGGGUCAAGAUGGUCUCUCAGUUAGCCUGGGAGAUUUGGUCCGGCACAUGCACACAUACUGCAUGUCCAUAUCUGUAGAGAAUGAAGAAGGAGAGCAGAUGUUGCCUGAAGGGGGAAUAGUGCUUGAGGUUGUGGAUCAAAGUGAAAACGGAGAACCUAUCUUUACCAUCCCGAAAAUGGAUCUGUCUUAUCCUCUUCAUCAGCCGCUCCCAGAAAACGAGAUCAAACCAGAAACAGCAGAAGACGAGCUGGCCGACGGUUCAGAGCAUAUAGUAGUCGACGAUGAAGAUGAUGUCCCUGUUAGGAAAACCUUUGAAAUCGCUCCUGCCGAUACGCCAAUAGUACGUCUAGACGUGAGCAAUGAAGUUAAGAGGAAAAAGGAGAGAAAAACAACAAGCCCAGCAAGAAGGAAAAAGAAAGGUAAUGAGAAGCAGCAGUCUGAACUUGUAGAAGGAAGGGUCCUCAGGAGUGGCACAGUCAGAAGGGUGAUAACGGAUCCCCCCAAAAAACCUCAGAAAGGGUCCGGUAAAGAAAAAGUGCACAAAAGCCAAAAGGUUUCUUCUGCCUCUUCCCCACCUGAGUCGCUUCUAAAACCUGAAGGAAUAAAACAAAUCAAAACGGAGAAGGAAAACACCACUGUAGCUCAGGCUCCUGAAACAAACAAGAAACUCGUCUCACCUCUGCUGCCCAAAUGGAGCGCAGCCCUUGCUCCAGAGGAAAGUCGGCUGACGUGUUCAGCUGCAGCUGUGAGCUCCCAGCAGCCCAGCAAAACACCAAAACAGUCAGCCACUCCCCCAGAAGAAAAAGAAAGUUCAUCAUCUGCUUCCUCCAUUUCCCUCCCUCUGGUAUCUUCAGAGGCCCCUGCAGCUGCUGCAGUUCCCGAGAUCUCCCCUCCUGUCAGCAUUACCCCCACAGUCCCAGAGGCCAAACCCAAGCCGCUCAGCCUGGAGGAGUACAGGCGACUCCGGCAGCAAAAAAAGCCGGCUCCGGUGGAGAAACAGGACAAGAGCGUCACCAGGUGGCCCAGCCUUCCAGAGCUUCCCAAGGAGCUACCCCCUUUGCCCCACCUUCCUGACCCCAACCCCAGGGAUCCCAGACGUGCAAACCCUCUGGCAGCAAGGAAAGAAGUGGAGGAGGUCAAACCUGCCUGGCGGCCGAAGGGACCCUGUGCACCCCCCACCCCAGAGGCUCUGCUGCAGCCUCCAGCCUACAUGAUUUCUUCAUCCACCAAAGCCUCACCCGCUGUUCCUGUUUCUAAGCCCCAGCAAACACAGGAGCCUUCCAAACUGCUCCAAAAUCACCAAGUUCCCCCUGAUUCAGCAAAAACUCCAGCUGCACCUGCCAAGCCUACAGAGCCUCAUGUGCCUCAGAGCUUUGCUCCUCCUGCUUCUUUAAAGCCUUUAGUCCAAGUUGUGUCUUCAGCAGAUGGGAGGUGUUCCCCUUCUGAUUCAGGAAGAAAAGGUGAAACCGAGUCCAUUAAUCCAAAGUCUGUACAGGACACUAAGGUCUGCCCAGAAAUCACUACAGAUGUACACAAACCCACAGAUGCUUCCCAGGAUAUGCCUGGGAUCACCGUUUCUACCUCAUUAGGUGGCCCACUCACAUUCGACAGAAAGUCGUCCAAACCCACAACCAAAGAACAAAGUGUCCAACUCUGUGCUGCCGUCUCUGUGAAUCCCCAUUAUCACAAAAACCAUUCUGCUCUGGUUGAAUCUAAACAAGGAUCUACUACAGCCGUGAAACCACAAAGAGCUAAGAGCAACACGCAAGAGCUGAUUGAAUCAUUCACUAGUGAAAUAGGCAUUGAAGCUGCUGAUCUGACGAGCUUACUAGAGCAGUUUGAGGAGACUCAAGCAAAAGAGGAGAAAUGUGUGCCGGAGGUCUCUGGUAGAGCAGCAGCUGUAGGAAACUCGAGAGCUGCAUCGAUUCCAGAGAAAGCUGUUAAGUGUGAAAGAACUAAUGACCUCUCCAAUCCUGCAGCUUUGGCUCCCAAGACCGCUUCUCCCAACCAGAUGUGGAAACCUCUGGCCCCUGCGGCUCUACUGGGAAAGCCCAAUAGCUCGGAAGCUCCCAAGUCCAACCCCUCCAAGGUGAUCCAGAUAGAAGCCCAGCCUCUGCACCCAGUUAGGGUCCGUAGUAAAGCCACUCCCGCUGCUGCCCCCGUGGCCCCGGAUCUGGCAUGCAUGGAUCAUGACUAUUGCCUCUCCAACAAAAGUGUUUCACCUGGCGAGUCAGGCAAGCGCUGGAACAUUAAACAGCAAUCUGUCUUCACCAUUAAGCCCCUCAGGCAACACCCUUCAAGCCCACCGCCAACACUUCCACCAGUAUUGGCAGCAUCUCCACAGGAAGUCACAAAUUCUGUGAUUUCACCCAGAACUCAAGAUUGUCCACAAACCUUUCAAGCCCAGAAGAACAAAGAUGCAUCGGAGCAAUGCUCCAUCAUGGAGACUUCUGAUUUUUCUCCAUCCCAGCAGGAACGUGUCACAAGUCCCAGAAUGAGGCCAUCAGGGAGGUCCUACCGCCGAUACGUUGCUUCUCGGACCCCUAGUCCCAGCUGUAGUCCCAAAGAAAGAACUCGUGGGCGGUCAAAAAAAAGAUUUUACCACUCCCCCAGCCCAACGUCCAGCUGCUCAGACGCCUACACCUCUAGAUCCCGGUCUACGUCCAAAUCUCCAGCAAAGAAAAGGUAUCGACACCGCAACUCAGACAGCAGUCUGAGCUCCUCAUCCCGAUCCUCCUCUCGUUCUUCUCCCUCUUUGUCCCGGUCCCCUCCACGGAGGAGGAGAUACUCGUAUUCCUCCUCUCGCUCUGGGUCCUGGAGCCGCUCUACGUCACGAUCCCCUUCCCCUCAAAGACAAGCUCAAUGGAGUAGAAGCAGGGGGUUGCACAGCCCCUCAUACAGGUCUAGAUACGGUACUGGUAUGAAGACAAAUGUGGAAGAGACUAAGAGGCGCAAGGAGAAAGCCAUUGAGGAGAGGCGGGUUGUUUAUGUCGGCAAAAUUCGGGGAAGCAUGACCCAAAGAGAGCUCAGGGAGCGUUUCACUUUAUUUGGAGAAAUUGAGGAAUGUACCCUGCACUUUAGAGAACAUGGGGAUAACUAUGGGUUUGUAACUUACUACAACACCAAGGAUGCAUUUACAGCCAUUGAAAAUGGCAGUAAGCUGCGUAAACCUGAUGAGCUCCCCUUUGACCUCUGUUUUGGUGGAAGGAGACAGUUCUGUCAGUCCAACUAUGCUGAUUUAGAUUCAAACAGAGAGUAUGACCCAUUUCCUACAAAAGGCAAAUAUCAUGCACUAGACUUCGACACUUUACUGAAGCAGGCUCAGCAGAAUCUGAAGAGGUAACAGGAGGUCUGCACCAGGAAACUGCUGACAAUUACCUCAGUCGACUGAUGUCUCUGCAUCUGCAACACUGUUUUUACAUUUUGGUUGCUGAAUCAUGAUUAUUUUUGUGUUCGUUUCUCCAAGCUAACACCUUCUAUUGAAGUGAAAAUUUAUAAUGAAACUUUAAAAGAAGUUUUAAAAAAAAUGGAAUAAAUGGGGAAAAAAUGUUUCUUUUUAUUUAAAUGUACAAUUGAAAUCAAAUUGUAUGGAGGGAAAAAUUUUAAAAGUAAAAAAGGAAUUGAGCUUCCUUGUUUUUGGCAGAGUAUGUAAUGCAUUUAAAUGAACUACACAUUUGAAUAAAAAAAGCCAAACUAA